AAGAUGAGUGGUGAAGAGAUUCUUGUGUGUGCAGUACAACUUGGAGAAAAUUACUGCCUCUAUUUUGCAGAUGAUGAUGGGCUGGAAUGUGACGCCUUUUGUAAGGAAAAAAUUCUCCACAGGGUCCUUCGAAAUGUAAAUAGCCAGUUGCUUGUGGUUCGACCAGAUUUAAACAUGGCAGCUUUUGAAGAUGUCACAGAUCAGGAGAUGAAAUCUGGCAAUGGAAUGCACUUCAACAUUCACUAUUACAAAACCACCACACCUUCAGCAGGGAUGCCUGUUGCAUUCAGUGUCCAGGUAGAAGAUAAAAGUUAUUACAUGUGUUGCGAGAAAGAAUAUGGAAAAAUGAUAGUUCGAUUUAGGGAAGGAGAAGUUCCCAAAGACAUUCCUGGUGAAAGUAACAUAAUCUUUUUCAAAAGGACAUUUACAUCUUGUAGCUCCAGAGCAUUUAAGUUUGAAUACUCAUUAGAACAAGGAAUGUUUUUGGCCUUUGAAGAAGGCGGCUGCUUAAGAAAAUUAACUCUAAAGAAACUCUCAAGAGAAGAUGAAGUGGAUGAAACCAUGAAGAUAAGCUUCUAACUUAAGUCAGAACGAGAGUCACAACCUGUGACAUACUUCAACAGUCUUAAAAUGUAUUUUGGCUUUUUGUAAAAGAAA